GCUGCAGCCAAGAUGGCGCUGGCGGCGGCAGCAGUGGCCUGAGCGUCAUGCUCCGUGUUCUCGGCGACGGCUGUGGUCUCAGCCGGGGCCUCGAGUGUCUCCCAGCGAGUGAGCAUCAGGUGCCUCUCCUCUGGCCCGGUUAGCCCGACAGAGAAGAGGCCGUGAGAAACAGCGAGAGAGCGGCGCCUCCCUCCUCGGCACCAUGGCCGGGAUCAUCAAGAAACAGAUCCUGAAACACCUCUCCAGAUUUACCAAAAAUUUAUCUCCUGACAAGAUAAAUCUAAGUACCCUGAAAGGAGAAGGUGAACUGAAGAAUUUGGAGCUGGAUGAAGAGGUGCUCCAGAAUAUGUUGGAUUUGCCCACGUGGCUUGCUAUUAACAAAGUUUUUUGUAAUAAAGCAUCCAUUAGGAUCCCAUGGACAAAACUGAAAACACAUCCUAUCUGUUUGUCUCUAGAUAAAGUAAUAAUGGAAAUGAGUACAUGUGAAGAACCACGAGCUCCUAAUGGCCCAUCACCAAUCGCAACUGCCUCAGGACAAAGUGAAUACGGCUUUGCUGAAAAAGUAGUUGAGGGAAUUACUGUUUCUGUAAAUUCUAUUGUCAUCAGAAUUGGAGCAAAAGCCUUCAAUGCAUCCUUUGAACUUUCUCAGCUAAGGAUCUAUAGUGUAAAUGCAAACUGGGAACAUGGAGAUUUAAGAUUUACUAGGAUUCAAGAUCCACAGAGAGGAGAGGUUUUGACAUUUAAAGAAAUGAAUUGGCAGAUGAUUCGAAUAGAGGCAGAUGCUACCCAAAGUUCACAUCUUGAAAUUAUGUGUGCUCCUGUUCGAUUAAUAACUAAUCAGUCAAAAAUCAGAGUCACACUUAAAAGAAGAUUGAAGGACUGCAAUGUCAUAGCAACAAAAUUAGUUCUAAUAUUGGAUGAUUUAUUGUGGGUUUUAACGGAUUCCCAAUUGAAGGCUAUGGUACAGUAUGCGAAAUCUCUUAGUGAAGCAAUAGAAAAAUCAACAGAACAAAGGAAGAGUAUGGCUCCCGAACCUACACAGAGCUCUACAGUGACCCCAUCGGCCCAGCAAGUGAAGACACCCCAAGCAUCAAAUGCUCCUGAUCUGAACGAUGCCAUUGUGAAACUCUUCAGUGACUUUGAUGUGAAAGAAACCUCCCAUCACUUAGUGAUUUCCCAUUUAGAUUUACACAUAUGUGAUGAUAUUCAUGCGAAAGAAAAAGAAUCAAACAGACGUAUUACUGGAGGUGCUAUGCAACUGUCUUUUACACAGCUGACCAUAGAUUAUUAUCCUUAUCAUAAAGCAGGAGAUAGUUGUAAUCAUUGGAUGUAUUUUAGUGAUGCAACCAAAACAAAAAAUGGAUGGGCCAAUGAAUUGUUACAUGAAUUUGAGUGCAACGUUGAAAUGCUUAAACAGGCUGUGAAGGAUCAUAAUGUAGGUUCACCUCCUAAAUCCCCAACACAUGCCUCUCCCCAGCACACACAAACAGAGAAGGACUCCACUCUGAAAGGCGCUUCUAGAACACCUUCAGUAUUAUCUCAACAAUCAAAAGCUAAGCUAAUGUCUAGUUCUGUUGUGAUUAGACUUGCAGAUUUCAAUAUAUACCAGGUCUCCACAGCAGAACAAUGUCGUUCUUCCCCCAAAAGUAUGAUUUCCUGCAAUAAAAAAUCCCUGUAUCUUCCACAAGAAAUGUCAGCUGUCUAUAUAGAAUUCACAGAAUAUUACUAUCCAGAUGGAAAGGAUUUUCCAAUUCCAUCUCCCAACCUCUAUAGCCAGCUGAAUGCACUACAGUUUACUGUGGAUGAAAGAAGCAUUCUGUGGUUAAAUCAAUUUCUAUUGGAUUUAAAACAGAGUCUUAACCAAUUCAUGGCUGUGUACAAGUUGAAUGACAAUUCAAAAUCUGAUGAGCAUGUUGAUAUUCGAGUUGAUGGCUUAAUGCUAAAGUUUGUCAUUCCCUCUGAGAUGAAAUCUGAAUGUCAUCAAGAUCAGCCACACGCCAUUUCUAUUCAGAGCUCUGAGAUGAUUGCCACAAAUACAAGGCACUGUCCAAACUGUCGACAUUCUGAUCUGGAAGCUUCGUUUCAAGACUUCAAGGAUUGUGAUUUUUUUAGUAAAACAUACACUAGCUUCCCUAAAUCUUGUGGCAGUUUUAAUCUUCUACAUCCAAUCUUCCAGAGACAUGCUCACGAACAAGAUACCAAAAUGCAUGAAGUUUAUAAAGGGAAUAUAACUCCCAAACUGAAUAAACACACACUUAAAACUUCAGCAGCCACAGAUGUUUGGGCUGUGCACUUCUCUCAAUUUUGGAUAGAUUAUGAAGGGAUGAAAAGUGGAAAGGGACGACCAAUAAGUUUUGUAGAUUCUUUUCCCCUAUCUGUGUGGAUCUGUCAACCAACAAGAUAUGCAGAGUCACAGAAAGAGCUCCACACUUGUAAUCAGGUGUCUCUAAAUACAUCCCAAAGUGAAUCUAGUGAUCUGGCUGGCCGACUGAAGCGGAAAAAGCUUUUGAAGGAGUACUAUAGUACAGAGUCUGAGCCCUUGACAAAUGGUGGUCAAAAACCUUCUUCAUCAGAUACAUCUGUAAGAUUUUCCUCUUCAUCAGAUGCAGAUAUUCAUGUCCUGGUUCAUGUUCAUAAGCAUGUCAGUAUGCAGAUUAAUCACUACCAGUAUCUGUUCCUGCUUUUCCUGCAUGAGUCUCUCAUUCCUUCAGAUAACUUAAGGAAAGAUGUGGAAGCUGUGACUGGAAGUCCUGCUAGUCAGACAUCCAUUUGCAUUGGAAUUUUACUUAGAAGUGCAGAACUGGCUCUUUUGCUACAUCCAGUGGAUCACACAAAUACUCUUAAAUCUCCUGUUUCUGAAAGCAUGAGCCCAGUGGUUUCUGAUUAUUUGCCUACAGAAAAUGGAGAACUUUUGUCUUCAAAAAGAAAACAGUUUGGUGGUAUAAAUCCAAUGAGACGUGUAACUAUAAAUCAUAUGUCAGACAACAGAUCUAUGAGUGACCUUAGCCACAUCCCUUUAAAGGAUCCUUUGCUUUUUAAAUCAGCUAGUGAUACAAAUCUGCAAAAAGGUACUUCUUUUAUGGACUAUUUAUCAGAUAAACAUUUAGGGAAAAUAAGUGAAGAUGAAAGCAGUGGACUUGUUUAUAAGAGUGGCUCAGGAGAAAAUGGAUUAGAAGUAAGUGACAAAAAGGACUUACCUUACACAGAUUCAAACAGUGUUUUGAACUACAGAGAAGACUCAAAUAUGCCAUCAUUUGGUAAUGAUGGUAAUCAAAGCAUACUUUCCAAUAGUUUAACUAAUAAAGGCAGUGAAACUAUAGAGUCAAUCUUCAAAGCUGAAGAUUUGCUUCCAGAAGCAGCUUCACUCCCUGAGAACCUGGGAAUUAGUAAAGAAGAGGCACCCACAAUUAGAACACUUAAAUCUCAGUCAUCUUUAAGUGGAAAGCCUAAGGAACACUGUCCACCCAACAUGGCUCCACUUUGUGUUUCUUAUAAGACCAUGAAAAGAAGUUCCUCACAAAUCUCAUUGGACACCAUAUCACUUGACAGCAUGAUAUUGGAAGAGCAGUUGUUAGAAAGUGAUGGAAGUGAUAGUCAUAUAUUUUUGGAAAAAGGAAUUAAAAAGAACUCCACUACAAAUUACCAGAGCCCAGCAAAUCUGCAGAAUUGUGGUGAAACAUCUCCAGAUGCUAUCAGUACAAACUCAGAGGGGGCUCAAGAAAGUCACGAUGACCUGAUGUCAAUAGUGGUGUUUAAAAUUAUUGGUAUAAAUGGGGAAAUUGAAAUCCGAGGAGAAGAUACAGAAAUCUGUCUUCAGGUGAACCAGGUGACACCAGAUCAGUUAGGCAAUAUCAGUCUUCGACAUUACCUCUGUAAUCGUCCAGUUGGUUCUGAUCAGAAAGCUGUAAUUCAUUCCAAAUCCUCUCCUGAGAUUUCUCUGAGGUUUGAAAGUGGGCCUGGUGCUAUAAUACACUCUUUGCUUGCAGAAAAAAAUGGGUUUCUGCAAUGCCAUAUAGAAAACUUCAGCACUGAGUUUCUUACAUCUUCUCUUAUGAAUAUUCAGCAUUUUUUGGAAGAUGAAACUGUUGCAACUGUAAUACCAAUGAAGAUACAAGUUUCUAACACAAAAAUAAAUUUAAAAGAUGACAGUCCUCGGAGUAGUACAAUAUCCCUUGAACCAACUCCUGUAACUCUGCACAUUGAUCAUCUUGUGGUAGAGAGAAAUGAUGAUGGCUCUUUUCAUAUCAGAGAUUCUCAUCUGUUUAACACUGGAAAUGAUAUGAAAGAAAAUAUGAAAAGUGACUCAGUGCUGCUGACCAGUGGAAAGUGUGAUCUGAAGAAACAACACAGUGUCACUCAAGCCACUCAGACAAGCCCAGUGGUUACUUGGCCUGAAUACCCAUUUGAUUUCACUAGGGAACAGCUCAUGGAAGAGAAUGAAUCUCUUAAACAGGAACUGGCAAAAGCUAAAAUAGCUCUUGCAGAGGCUCACUCGGAAAAAGAUGCCCUUCUUCACCAUAUAAAGAAGAUGAGAGAUGAGUAGCAUGUGUGGCCAUCCGAACUCAGUCUGCAGCUGUGGAAUGGUAGAUUAUGUUUGCGGUGUGGAUGUUUCCAACUACUGGAAGACUUUCCUUUUCAUGAAAAUAAAAUGAAAUAGAAUGUGGUGGAGUGGUGACUCUUCCAAAGCCAUUGUAGAGGCACUAGGUACGAGCAUUGGCAGCUUUCGGUUGUUUUGUGUUUGGGGGUUUUGAACCCUCUUUCAGCAUAUACUGUAAUAUAAUUACAUGCUUAAUGAAAAGAAGAUGUCAUUUCCUAAUUUUGAUAUCUCAUUAUAAGCAUUUUUUUAAAAGAAUAUGAAAACCUGUUGUGUUUAUCCAGAUUGCUGAAUAUUUUUCUCAUUAUUUGUUAAUAAUUUAGUAUUAUUUACAAAUUUUCAA